CUGGAACGAUAAGAGGGGAAUGUUGGGAUCUCGAGAGUACCUCGAAUACAAUGAUUCUCAACGAGGACUCCCCUGCUCCAGGGGAGUCGCCCAGGCUUGUAGGCCCAGACUUGUAUACCUCGGGUAGAUGGCAAACGCAUGGGCCUUCAGACACUCAACCUAUGGAGAUUAUGCAUGUUCUCUACAGUGUGUUCAAACAUAAGAACUUGCUGCUGCGGUUUCCUGGGGCAUCUUCUCUCAGAAACUCAUCUGCUGUCUAUCCCGUUGAAUAGCUGUCAAGAAUAUCAAUCUGUUGUGCAGGACAGCCUUACAGCCAUAUAACUCCACAGCAUUGGCUGUGAUAGCGGUGAAUAACCCAGACCAUAUUGAUAUCGAUAUGCAUAACUACGGUCAAAGGCUUGCUGUGAAUACCUAUCGCCUUGAAAUGGCGCUUGGUGUCGGAAACAGUACAUCUGCGGAGAAUAUUAAGACAGCGAUCGUCGCAGAUCCCUACAGUCUAGAGUGGUGGAACUCUGCCUGGCAUGCUCCGUGGGGAUCUCAGCGAAAUCAUUUGAUCUUUGACACGACGCAUGAUAUAAACAGACACCCUUCAUCAUCUAGUUUGAAGAGAGAAUCAUAUGAUGAUCCACCGACAAUGUCUUCCAACCCAACAUAUUCUGAUCACAUUAGCGAACCGACAUCACCCUCACUCAUCUCAAGCAGUAAUAGCUUAUCUCCAGUCCCGACUUCGGUCUCUGAAUAUUCCUCAACUCAUGCGGGAAGCCCAGCUUCAAUCCAGCAGAGUAUUGAGAAAAGGCCUGGGAAGGCUUCACUGCACCAUCUCAGCCCGCAGUUCGAGACAAAUCUCAAACAAAUAUCUGGAUACAAUUGUCCCCUCCCAUUGACACAUCGAACUCUAAUGAGCGACACCAGUAUCCCCUCAACGCCAUUCCUAGAGGUCGCGAGUGGCCAGUGCUUAACAAAAGAGGCCCAAGAGAGCGCCAAGGCAAGACGAAAGAUCGCCCACAAUGCCGUUGAGAGACGCUACCGGGUCAAGAUGAAUGCCAAGUUCAUCGCCCUGGGCAAAGCCAUCCCCAGCCUGCGUGCAGGCAAGCCGAACGCCUCCCUACGGAGCAAGGGCAUCAAAGUCAUUCUAAAUGACAGCACCGUGAUUCAGAACAAGGCUGAGGUUCUGACCAAGGCAGUGGCUUAUAUCCAAGAACUUGAAGAGCAGAGGUCACUGCUCCAUAGAGAGAUUUGCUCUCUCAGGGACCAACUCCUCCCUCGAGGGAUCUGGUAAUCUCUGACAAUGGGACAGGACAAGACAAGACAUAUCGAGGAGAGAGGAAGACGAAAGAAUAAGAUUGAAACUAGAUAGACCAAAAGCAAGACUAGAAGGGCAGAAAAAGCCCGAAGCAAAGGCUGACGCGCUCCACAAGAAUUGCAGUAUCAUCACAAGGGCAGUUAUUUUUGAAAUUACCCGCUAAUCCAACAAAUAUAAAGUACCAGGUUGCAGAACUGACGGGGAACACCAC